AUGUCCCUGCCUCAGAACACGGAGAUUCUCAUCGUAGGCGCAGGUCCGACAGGCCUUUGCCUCGCCCUCUCGCUGCACAAGCAGGGCUUCACCGACUUCGUUGUCGUCGACAGCCUUCUUCCAGGCGAUAACGGCUCACGUGCAUUGGCGGUCCAUGCAGCAACUAUUGAGGCACUCGAGAAGAUCGACUGUGCCGAGGCGGUCCUCCAAGCGAGCAGAAAGCUACGCGCGACCGUCAUCAGGACAGAAGGCCACGUCCUCGAGACCGCGUCCUUCAGUUCUCUGGGGAAGCACACCAAGUACCCAUUCAUGAUCGCCAUUCCGCAACACAUCACCGAGCAAAUUAUCGGAGAGGCUGUAACCGCCCGCGGAAUUUCUGUCUUCAGGCCGCACAAGGUCGUGGACCUCAAACCGAACGCGAGCAACCCCAAGUUCGCUGACGUCACAUUCGAUGACGGCCACGUACUGCGCGCACGGUGCGUCGUAGGCGCAGACGGCUCCCACUCUGUCGUCCGCGAGCACGCAAAGAUAGGCUGGGCUGACCCCGACGCCGAGCCCAACGAUGAAAAAACAAACCUCCUCACGCAGAUGGUCAUCGCCGACGUCACGCUCGAGAACCCCCCGCCGUGGCCCACGGACAUCGUGAGCCUCACCGCCAGCUCUGACAACGGCUUCCUCUUCAUCGUGCUCCCCGGCCGACCGUACCCCAGCGUCCCCGAAGGAGAGGCCGUCUAUCGCGUCGGCUGCGCUAUUCCCGCCUCGCUCGGCGUGCCCCCUCAUGCGCCCGACGCCGCAUAUCUUCAGCAGCUCUGCGACGCGUGGGGCCCGAAUGGCGCGCUCCCACCCGGUGCGCCUCGCGUCGUCGUCAAGCAGGUGGCGUGGUCGAGCCGCUUCCGCACGCGCUCGUCCAUCGCGGACACGUUCUUCACGCACCUCCCCAGCGGCGCUACCCCGACGGGCGAGCUGGUGCGCGGGGGCGGACCGGUGCUACUCCUCGGAGACGCGGCGCACAUUCACCCUCCGAUGGGCGGGCAGGGUAUGAACCUCGGCAUUCGCGACGCGAUCAAGCUUGGAGCUGUUCUCGCCGAGUACGUGCGCGCCGUGGCGUCCGGAAAGGCGGGCGAUGUCGAGGCGCCGCUCCGGCAGUGGGCGGAGGAGCGGCACGGGCGCGCGGAGACCGUCAUCCGGAUGGUGAAGGGUCUGCAGAAGAUGAUUAUGAUCCGGAGCAAGACCAAGUGGGUGCUGGGAGUCAUCCCUGUAAACGUUGUGUGGCUCCGGAACACGUUUCUGCGGAUCAUGACCUCGUUCGCGUGGUUUAGGACGCGGGGGGCGUACAACGUGAGCGGGUUGGGCAACCCGUGAGCUUACGUUUGGGUUGGAACUUGGCAGGAAGGAAUUGCGCAUCGGUAUGUUUGUACGGUUGGACCUUGGACCCCAC